CAUGGCAGGGGCCAUCAAGGGGAUAAACGAGAGAAAGGCGGCUCUGAGAGAUGCCAUCAAACCCUAUUCUCGCGCUGCGACGCAGGCGAAAUCCCCCGUUAAUUCUACCGUCAGCACUUUCCAACUCAAUAAGGUAUACGGGCAACACUUGCUGAAAAAUCCCGCUAUAUUGGAUGCCAUGAUCGAAAAAGCGCAGCUGAAGAGCUCGGACACAGUUUUGGAAAUUGGUUCCGGAACUGGAAAUCUGACCAUGCGGCUUCUUCCGCUGGUCAAGAGAGUUGUUGCCAUUGAAGUCGAUCCUAGAAUGGUAGCGGAGCUCCAAAGACGUGUUGCGUCUACGGAACACCGGCACAAACUCACGCUGAUACUGGGGGAUGCGAUUAAGACAGAAUUUCCGUACUUUGAUGUCUGUCUGUCGAACACUCCUUACCAAAUUUCCUCCCCUCUCACCUUCAAACUGCUGUCCCACCGCCCCAUCUUUCGCGAAGCAUUCCUCAUGUUUCAGCGUGAAUUCGCACUUCGACUGGUCGCGGAGCCGGCCGACCCGCUAUACUGCAGACUCUCCAUCAACACACAAUUGCUGUGCAAACCUACACACGUCAUGAAAAUUGGAAAAAACAAUUUCAGGCCGCCCCCAAAAGUGGAGUCGAGCAUUAUAAGCCUCAAACCCUAUAACCCGCCUCCACCUGUCAAUUUCUUGGAAUGGGACGGACUGGUGAGAAUCGCGUUUUCCCGCAAAAACAAAACCAUGAAGGCAAUUUUCAAAAAAGACAAAGUCGUCGGUCUGAUUUACGACAACUACAGAACUCACUGCUCGCUCCACAACAUUCCGGUAGAUAAGGACUGCACGACCGAACACAUGAAAAAAACAGUCCUGGACAUCCUGGAGAAAUCCGGAUUGGCGGACAAAAGGAGCAACAAAAUGAAUCUGAAUGACUUUCUGACCCUCUUAAACGCCUUUAACAGCAAUCUUAUCCAUUUCACUUAA